AUGAAGUGUUGUCUAUUGUUUUUAACAUUUUCAACAAUUUGUUUUGCCGCCGAUUGGACAAUUAACCUUGAAUACAGUUUAAACGGUAAGCUCUCUUAUUUUCCACGUAAAAAGCUCAAUUUUUCAUAUUUUCAAGAUUUCUCAACAUCGUCUCCAUUAGGAACUAUUGAAUUGCGUAGAAAUUACGAUGGAAAUUACACGGGAAGCUUUAAAUCGUCACAAGAAAAGGAUUUCGGAAAAAAGUAAGAUUUUCCUGAAGAAAAUUUGAUUUUCAGUGAUUUUUAGAUUACUCGAAGCGAAAGAUCAGACAUAUUCAGUUCGCGCCAAAUCUUCGACUCAACCUGGACAAGAAUUUUUGACGACUAGCAAAGCGGUGAGUGAAUUUUAUUGAUUUUUGUAUGAAAACAAAGAAAAUAUGCAAAUUUUAUGAAAAACUGAAAGCAUAAUCGAUUAUAGAAACCAAAUAUAAUUCUUAUGAGAAUCAGGAUGUUUUUUUGAUAUUAAAAAUGUGUUUUUAUACUGCCACGUGGAAAAUCAAUAAGUUCACGUUGUGAUAAAGUGAUUUGCCACGUCAGAAAUGCAUUUUUCAAGAGAAUUCGGCUAGAAAUCUAUAUUAUCUCGCUGAAAAUAGAAGAUUCUUAUGAAAAACUGCCAAAUUUUAUCUAUUUUUGCGAAAAAUCUAAUUUCCUUAUGUUCUGAAAACAGGAAAACAGUUUUCAGUGAAAAUAGAGCUUUAUUCUUGAUUUCCAGCUAAUUUUAGCGCAAAUUCUGUUGAAAAACCUAUUCCGAAUAGUUUUUGCCUCGAAAAAUCCGGGUUUUUCUUUAAAAUUAAGUCCAGGAACCUCUGAAAUGCUCAUUUUCUGCCGAAAACCUUCAAAGAACCUUUUUGAACCCGAAUUUCAAUCUCAAAACUUUGAAAAGUAAAUUUUUUCAUCAAAUUCUCAAAUUCUAACUUGUAAUAUCAAAAAUCGUAAAAAUUCAAAGCUUCUCCCAAAAAAAGCCCAAAAUUUUGGCCUCCGUGCAAACCGCCUUCACUAAGAAACCCAUGUAAGCGGGAUCAAUCGACCAUGGUGUACACUUUCCCACGACGUCGGCUCAGUCGCGUUGCGAAGAAAACGCGCGACUGGAAUUUGUUGUCGUGGGGGUAGGGACUAGGCGGGCGCCAUCCCCGCACCUCCCGAUUCGAAAUUCAAAACACAACCACUGCACCAUCCCCCCUCUUUGUGUUCGCUGUCAACAAAGCCAUUUAAAUAGAUAGCGCGUGGCGGCGAGAGAGUGCAGACAUAACGAGAGAGUUUUUUUUUCAGUGUCUGUUGCUUCGCUCAAAUCUUUUCCAUUUGUUCUGGGUUUCUACAAAUGGCCAACAAUUGCAAACAAUUACAGUGUUCCCAGAUCCAGUUGCGUCGCAAAAUCAAAUCGAAGAGUAAGCUUUGGCCUGAUUUUAAAUAACCUAAAAUCAAUCUUUUUUGCAGCCCAGAAAACCCCCAAGCGCCCUCCAAAACUUGCCAACUUCCAUCAAAUCAUGUGACUUCUGGCGCACCUUCUGGAACUGUUACCGUAUCGACACGUGGCGUUUUGCCAACACCGGAUACCGCUAGUUUUGUGCAAAGAAUUGAGCAAGAGAAAAGAGCCAAGCAACAUGGAGCAGAUGCGGAUAAUCGAAGCUUUUUGGCAAAAUAUGUGAGUGUUUUUUGGGGAAUGGGAAAAAUUAUGAAGGAUUUUCAGAGCUUUAUAGAUUUCUAGAAUUUUUUUUGAAGCUAAAAUUUCACUUUUAAUUUUCAUGCUUAUAUAUUAUGACUAAUCAAUUUGACAGAAAAAUAUUUUCAAUUCUGAAAUUUUUGAAACGUAAAAUUUCAUAGACAGAAAAUAUUUUUAAAAUUUUUUUUGAAAAUUUAAAAAUUCAAUUUCCCCGCCAAAUUAUUCACGUGGAAUCUCUUGGAUUUCUCUUGGCGCCAAAAAUUCACUUUUAAUUGGCAUACAUUCUCAUGACUAAUCAAAUUUGACAGAAAAAUAUUUUCAAUUCUGAAAUUUUUGAAACGUAAAAUUUCAUAGAUUUUCAAACAGAAAAUAUGUUUGAAAAAUUCAAAUUUUCCCGCCCAAGAUAAUUUUUGGCGCCAAAAAUUUCAAAAUUCAAAAUUUUUUCCAGUGGAUGUACAUUCUGCCAGUCGUUCUUUUCGCCUUCCUCUCAAACGCUGUGAAUCCGGAAAAUCAAGAAGGAGGCGGUCAACAAUAA